GCGGUUUGGUGGGGAAAGGUUUUAAUGAACAAAGGGAGAGGAUUACUCAAAACCCUCUGCCAAGCCAAAACCCCUGCUCUUCGCAAAUCCAAGAUGGAUGCAUCUGACCGAUACUGUUACAACCCAAUCCUGCGCUGGAACCCUCAAGUCGAAGCGUAUUUUGUAAAAGCUUAUGGCGCUGACCAUUUUCAUCGGAUUUCGACGGCUCUCGCGCGGCCAUCUUGUUACUCUUGUAUAAGGGUGAACACACUCAAGUCAACAAGUGAUGCUGUUAUUGAGAAGCUGUUGGCAGUGCUUCAGGAGAGGGGGUGGAAAAUUGAUCAUUCUGACAGAGGGAAUGUUUGUUAUGCCUCAGAUAAAGUUGGUGCUGUACCGGAGGAUUCUGUUGAUCACAAAGAACAUUCAGCAAAAAAAUGCUUUAUGUCAAAGUGUCCGAUACCUGGUCUAAACUAUGUGGUUUUCAUCAAGGGGUCUGGACCACACACUAUUGAUUAUGGGUACCAGGAAGAGAAACCUCCAAAAGAGGUGGUUGUCAGCCGGAAAUGUGCUGAAGCAGUUCUUCGUGGUGCUCAUGUGUAUGUUCCUGGUGUUUUGGCCUGUAGUGCUCAUGUUGAGAAAGGUGAGUCAGUUGCAGUUUCAGUUGCUGUGGAACAACCUGGUACUGAUGGUGGAUGGGGUGUUGGUUUUACCCGAGGAACUGUACUGCAAGGGUCUCCAACAGAUCCUUAUCAUUUUGAGCGAAGCAGCCUCUAUAUCGGUCAAGGAACAACCAUGAUGUCCAGAGCUGGGAUGUUUCGGGCAUCUGAAGGAGUUGCGUUAGAUUUGAAUAACCGAGUAUACCAUCUACCUUCAUUUCAUGAUUUACUUGAAGGUGAAAUAUUUCUUCAGAAUCUUCCCAGCAUCAUCACUGCACAUGCCUUGGAUCCAAAAGAGGGAGAGAAGAUAUUAGAUAUGUGUGCAGCUCCUGGAGGGAAAACCACUGCGAUUGCAAUUCUGAUGAAGGACAAAGGAGAGAUUAUUGCUGCUGAUAGAUCCCACAACAAGGUGCUUGAUAUCCAGAAACUAGCAGCUGAGAUGGACUUAAAGUGCAUAACUACUUAUAAGCUUGACGCACUGAAGUCUGUUCAGCAAAAAGAACAAUCUGGCUUCCAGGAUGUUCCCCAGUGCGGGGAGAGCAAAAGCGAUCAAAGUUCAGAUAUAUCAACACCAGGAAUGCAAGAAACAUUGGAUGCUGCCAUAGAUUGUACUCAUGCCACACUUGAGCAAUCAAGCAAUGGACGAUACACCAGUAAAGCUGCGGUCCGGAAGAGCGUUCGGAAAAUGAGAAAUGGGCCUGGAAGAAACAACUCUUUAGGUGGAAGAGUUGAAAGGUCUAAAGGAUUUUUACCUGCUAGCUUUGACCGGGUCCUACUGGAUGCUCCUUGUUCUGCUCUUGGUCUGAGACCUCGGUUAUUUGCUGGAGAGGAGACAAUUGAAUCAUUACGAACACAUGCUAAGUAUCAGAGACGAAUGUUUGAUCAGGCUGUGCAGCUUGUUCGCCCUGGUGGAGUUCUCGUCUACUCAACGUGUACGAUAAACCCUGGUGAGAAUGAAGCAUUGGUUAGAUAUGCAUUGGACACAUACAGUUUUCUUUCAUUGGCACCACAGCAUCCAAGAGUUGGGGGUCCUGGCCUUGUUGGAGGUUGUGAAUUAUCUGAUGGAUAUAGGGAGGAAUGGCUAAGACCUGAUGAAGCAGAUCUUGUUCAGAGAUUUGAUCCUUCCUCUGAACUUGACACUAUAGGAUUUUUCAUUGCCAAGUUCAACGUUGGUUUCAAAGAUACCUGAGCCUUACUGGAAACAGUUACAUUAUCACCUCUUCUUCCUGCAGAGGGAUUCAGGUUUGAACACUUCAAACUUUCUCUAGUUGUUUUGUAAACUAUACUAUUAACUUAUGACAAAUAUAUUAAAACCCAUAUGCUUCAUUAACUUGUACGAAAUUGUCCUCUCAUUGGU